CCCCUCUCUUCCUCUUUUUCUGCCUGUCUUCAACGUGUGCCUCAUGAUGCCACUGCGCUCGGUAAUCCGCUCUCAGCGGCGCACAUGCUCAGUACUGAUCACUGUGGCAAUCUGUAAUGGCUGCGGGAUGAUGUGAAACGAGUCUCGGUGCCUCGCUGCGUCUUUUCGGUAGGAAUGCCAUUUCCCUGAGACCGCCAACCAUUCAUUCCUCCGUCAACAUGGUUGACAUCCGACAGGAGAAAAAAGGUCGGACGGCGUAGUUGAGAGCACUUAAGUGUCACAAUCGUUGAAGUGCUGGUGUGUGAUACUGCCAGUGAAUUGUGUGUGGUUGGCGGUAGUCAGGUGCAAUGGCUGUGAAAGAGCGGGUGGAGGCGGUUCUGAAUGUGGGCCUGCGGAUACCCAGUAUCAUGUUGCUGGAGGUGCUGUACCGCUGGGAUGUCAGCUCCUUCUUCCAGAAGAUCCAAAGGAGCAGCCUCAACAAUAACCCUCUCUUCCAGUACAAGUACCUAGCCCUCUAUCUGCACUAUGUGGGCUACAUUCUGAGUCUAGUUCUGCUCACUCUGCCCCGACAACAUCUGGUGCAGCUCUACCUGUAUGUGCUCACUGCUCUGCUGCUGUUUGCUGGUCACCAGAUCUCAAGGGACUAUGUGCGCAGUGAGCUGGAGUCUGGCUAUGAGGGUCCGCUGUACCUGGAGCCUCUGUCCAUCAAACGCUUAACUACUGCACUCAUCUGCCAGCUGGUGGUGUGUACGCUGUGUUCCUGUGUGAUGCAGACCAAGCGCAUUUGGCUGUUCUCAGCACACUUGCUCCCUCUGGUGGCCAGGCUGUGCCUGGUACCGCUGGAAACCAUUGUUUUCGUGAAUCGAUUUGCCAUGAUUUUCACAGGCCUGGAAGUAAUCUACUUUUUGGCCUCUAACCUGCUGGUACCAUUUAACCUUGCCAAGACCGCAUACCGUGAGCUUGCACAGGUUGUGGAAGUGUAUGGGUUGUUGGCUCUCGGUAUGUCUCUGUGGAAUCAGUUGGUUCUGCCCGUGUUGUUCAUGUGUUUCUGGCUGGUUCUGUUCGCCCUGCAAAUCUACACAUAUUUUAGCACUCGAGAUCAGCCCACAUCCAGAGAGAGAUUACUCUUUCUUUUUCUCACCAGUAUUGCAGAAUGCUGUUGUACUCCGUACUCUCUGCUGGGUCUGGUCUUCACAGUGUCAUUUGUUGCUUUGGGAGUGCUCACACUGUGCAAGUUCUACCUGCAGGGCUACAGGGCUUUCAUGAAUGACAACACCAUGCACCGGGGCAUGACAGAAGGGAUCACUCUUUUGAUCCUUGCUGUACAGACUGGACUGAUUGAGCUACAGGUCAUUCACAGAGCCUUCCUCCUCAGCAUAAUCCUCUUCAUUGUAGUGGCCUCCAUCCUGCAGUCCAUGCUGGAGAUAGCUGAUCCCAUAGUGCUGGCAUUGGGCGCCUCCAGAGACAAGAGUUUAUGGAAGCACUUCCGUGCUGUUAGCCUGUGCUUGUUCCUGCUGGUGUUCCCGGCAUAUAUGUCCUACAUGAUCUGUCAGUUCUUCCAUAUGGACUUCUGGCUGCUAAUCAUUAUCUCCUCCAGCAUUCUGACCUCAUUGCAGGUGCUGGGUACACUGUUGAUCUACGUGCUCUUCAUGGUAGAGGAGUUCCGCAAGGCUCCAGUUGAGAACAUGGAUGAUGUCAUCUACUGGGUGAAUGGUACUUACAGGCUGCUGGAGUUCCUGGUGGCCCUCUGUGUGGUGGCGUACGGAGUGUCGGAGACUGUGUUUGGGGAGUGGACUGUGAUGGGCUCCACCAUUGUUCUCAUCCAUUCUUACUAUAAUGUAUGGCUAAGGGCCCAGCUGGGCUGGCAGAGCUUCCUGCUCCGCAGAGAUGCUGUCAACAAGAUCAAGAGCCUGCCUACUGCUUCUCACCAGCAACUUCAGCAGCACAAUGACAUCUGUUCCAUCUGCUACCAGGACAUGACGUCAGCUGUAAUCACCCCCUGCAGUCACUUAUUCCAUGCUAGCUGCUUGAAGAAGUGGCUGUAUGUGCAGGAGACUUGCCCUCUUUGCCACAGCCAACUGAAAGGUUCAUUACAGCCUAGCUCUUCAACAGAGGACACCCCACCACAGGAGAUGCCCUUACAGCCAGCAGGGGUUCUGGAUCAUCCACAGCACCCAACGCCAGGCUCAACCCUCCAGGACCCCAAGCAAAACGAUGCUACCCAAGCUCCAGCCUCAGAGCUUACGGAUGAACUACAAGAAAAGAGCGUUUGUAAGGAAACGACCCCUGGUGACUAUGGGUUUCCUACCUGCUCCUCCUCAGGAUGAGCUGGCUAAGCCUGUCCUCUCCCAGUCUUAAAACCAGCCUUCAGCCAAAUUCAGCUCAACACUGCUGGCCAAAAGACAGAGAAGUGUUGCAGUAGAGGGUUGGUUCACAUGGGAACUUCUUGCCCUCUCUGUGUCUAAUAUUGUGUAUGCUGAAUGCUCCUUAGACAUGCCUACAAUCAAAACCCUAGUCUCUCUCUCAUUCAGACAAUCACAGAAGCAUUUGGUCAGAGAGCCUACAUGAGGUGAAAAGAACCAUUUCACCCCUACAUCUUGACAUAUGGAUUGAUUGACAUAUGAUCACCAUCUCCUCCCCAUCCUUCAUUAUUACAAAUCUAUGAUGUCCAGCAAACACCAACCUGAAUGUGAUCAUGUGACCCUUGAAUAUAGUGCUGUGAUGCUCGUUAGGCACUUAGCACAUAUCCACUAGCACGCUCUUAAUAUCCAAUAGCAGUAGCCUGCCUCUUUUCUGUUCUCUAUUUGUUUUCUUGAGAGAAAUUAUAUAUAUAUAUAUAUAUAUAUAUAUAUAUAUGCCACUGCAUUUGCACUAAUGUUACAUAAAUGCUCCAAAGUUUGUCUUGUCUAAUAUAAAAUAUUUUGGUAGGUAUGCAUUGAAUCAAGAUAUAUAUAUAUAUAUAUAUGUAAAGGGGUUUUGAUAAGCAGAAAUAUAGUGUUAAGCAGCACCAAGUGUCGUGAAGUGGCUUAGGCUUAUAUGAAAUCUACACCUCUAGUGCGACCUCUAGUGGUAGUGGUGGAAAGAGCCAAGGCCAUGGAUAAGAAUUGGUGACCGUUUAGAAGUCAAUUUCAUUCCCAUCAGUAAAUGGCAUUUACUGCAUUUGUGAGCAUGAAUACAUUAAAGAAUGUAUGAGCACACUUUGCCAUUUUUCUUGAAUUUUUUUGUUUAUUGUAUUUUUUUUAACGAAUGAUAUUUGAAUUGUAUGAAUAUUUAUUUAUUUUUUUAAAUCUGGAAAAGUGUUUUAUCUAAAAGACCAGAUUUUUUAAAGGCUGUUACAUAUGUUUUCCAUAAAGCAAAUUGAAAUCGAUCAUAAUCCUUUAGAAUCUUGAAUUUAUCCCACUUUGCUUUUAUACAGCAUAAACGUGGAAUGACGUUCUAUGAAGGCUGACUUGUUUGAAUUACACCUGAAUUCAGGAAAAAUGCCUGAAGUCUGAAAGUGAACCUGAAUGUCAGAAUAAAUCAAAAC